CGGACCUCGCACAACUCAGUCACUAGUGACUCGCAAAUAUUGGAUUAUAUCAGCGCGCAACCUCACAAGGAGCAGAUUGCAUCAUUGUGUCCAUUGUACUCGCAUGCGAGCUCAACCUCAGCAGCCAAUCAUGUCGGAUCUUCCCCAUUUUCGUGUGAACGCCUCAUCUGUAUUCGUCCAUGUAGGAGUUGACUUCGCUGGCCCCUUCAAUACAAAGUGCAGCUCACUCAAGAAACCGAGAGUGUAUAAGGGCUAUCUUGCAUUGUUCAUAUGCUUAGCGGUGAAAGCUGUUCAUUUGGAAUAUGUAUCGGAGCUGACCACUGAAUCGUUUCUUGCCGCUUUCGAUAGAUUCGCAUCCCGUAGAGGCCUACCUUCUCACGUAUACUCUGACAACGGAUUGAACUUCGUUGGAGCUGCUAAUAAAUUAUCAGAUAUCUCGAAAUUCUUGGCUGACAGUAAGACUGACAUUUUUAAUGCUCUUGUACAACGUGAAGUAACCUGGCACUUCAAUUCACCUAGCACACCCAAUUUCGGCGGUAUUUGGGAAGCAAAUAUUAAAUCAGCGAAAACACUGUUGAAAAUUCAAAUUGGUGAUAAUCCAAUGACAAUGGAGGAGUAUUUCACAGUGUUCUCUCGUAUUGAAUCAAUUAUGAAUAGUCGUCCUCUAUUGGAGCGUUCACAGGACCCCAACGAGACUUCACUUCUGCUGACACCCGGUCACUUUCUUAUCGGCCGACCGUUGCUACAAGCUGUGGAGAUCCCGCUGGAUACUACCACCCACGUACGGCAGCGAUGGACUCAUCUACGCCGAAUUGUGCAGACGUUUUGGAAUCGAUGGAGUACAGAAUAUCUACAUACGCUUAUGCAGCGAAACAAGUGGAAGACCCCCUCAGAACCCUUGAAAGUGGGUCACAUAGUGCUUAUCAAGAAUACGAGUACCGCGCCCACAUUGUGGCCUCUAGGCAUAGUCGAACAAAUAUUUCCCGGACAAGACCAAGUAGUAAGAGUGGCAUUGAUUCGCACCGCCUGCGGCCACCUCACGCGACCUCUUACAAACCUGUAAACAAACUCAUAGUGUUGCCAAUAGCUUGAUUUGGCACCCUCUCUCUGAGAGACAUUUUUUGUAAAUAGAGACUGAAUAUUAUGUGUUCACCGCUUAUGUGUAAAACUCAUCGUAAUUAAUCAUGUGCAUCGUCUCUUCAUCAAGUUUGUGCAAUACUUCGUGUGUUACCUCUCAUGUGCUACAGUUUCAAAAUUAUUAAACUCAUGCAUCGUUUGGUGGGCGGAAUGUUAAGAAUACUCGAGAGAUAAGAAGUAGAGAAUUGUUCAUGCAGUUCCCCUUCCCCCGCUUCACCCUCAUUGCUGUUGGAGAAGAAGGCUUCUCCCUCCACAACCUCAGUCUUCAGCACUCGGCUGACCCAUAAACAUCUCUCGCAUUCCAGAUGUGGUUUCCAUGAAAGAUCAGAGUCAAUCACCACUCCAAGAACUCCUUACUACUACCAGUUUAUUGAAAAACCUGGCCGGAAACCAAUUUGAUCAGAUGACAGUAAACCUAUUCGAUUUAAAUACAUACAGAAUCUAUAUUAUUGCCUUCAAUUUCCAAGCUAGAAGCUACCCCCUUUAGUAGUUCGAAAAGAUGGAAGAUUAUGCUCGAUUACCGGUACAUAGUAGUCUGGGCGCUGUACGAAUAUGAAUGCCUCAUCAAUUACUGUGAAUAACAACACAACUAUGUACAACUUUCCAUAAAAUCUGUUACAAAAUGUCAAUUUUGUAGAAAUAUAGUUCUUUUUUGUUAAA